GUGGUUUUUAACGUGCACUUGAUGAGAGAGCAGCGCGCACAGUUGGACACUCGUCCAGGAGAGACAAGGAGACGGAGACACGGCGGAUCAGAGAGCACGAGUCACUCGAACCUGACGCGUUCACGCGCACUGACCACAGCAGAGUCCACCAAGUCAGACCUGACAUUAAACAACAAACAAACAAUAACAACAACAACAACGACUGACGUUUAAUCUCAAACGACCUGAAACAGACAUGGAGAAAAAAAUCCCUGAUUUCGCCGGAAACUGGGAGAUGAAGAGUUCGGAGAACUUUGAGGAACUGUUGAAGGCACUGAACGUCAACAUGAUGCUGCGAAUGAUCGCGGUGAAGGCAGCCUCCAAGCCGCAGGUGGAGAUCUCACAGGACGGAGAGACGCUGUCCAUAAAAACCUCCACCACAGUCCGCACCACCCACAUCACAUUCACCGUGGGGCAGGAGUUUAAUGAGACCACGGUGGACGGACGUCCCUGCACGAGUUUCCCACGUUGGGAAACAGACAGUAAAAUCAGCUGUGAGCAGACUUUGCUGAAAGGGGAGGGGCCUAAGACGUCCUGGACCAGAGAGCUCACCAACGACGGAAAGCUGAUACUGACCAUGAAAGCCGACGACGUGAUUUGCACCAGAGUCUACGAACGAAAAUGAACUACAGCACUUCGUACUUUUUGUCCCUCCUGGCCCUGAAGAGUCCCUCAUCCUCCCUCAUCCUCCCCCCUCUUCACCCCCAAAUGCCCUCACAGCACCACUGGAGUCACAAUGCCCGACUAUCCAGGCGGCGCUGGGCGACAACAUUGUUUAGUUUUUUUUUUUUUUCCUCCUGCAUUUCUAUUGCCUUCGCAGCUUUCUUAGCGCCGUAACUGUAUCCACUGUUCCACAUAGUUACAACAGAGUCGUCGUCCGAGGUACUGGUCUGUCUGGCUCUGUCUUCUGUGACAGCCGGGUGUUAAACAUACUGUACACGGGACUCGCUUUUGUGACAGCUCAUGUAUUUGGUGUCAUGCUUAUGCAUGUGUGUGUGUGUGUGAGAGAGAGAGAGAGAGUGUGUGUGUGUGUGGCACUAGAAGAGAUACAGCCCUGUAUAUGUAGACGUAAACCUAUAUCUUUGAGGUCUUCCAGUUCCAGGUCAGUUUUGACGUCACCCCCCAUUUUUGUUUUGUUUUAUCUCUUUCUCAUGAUGACAUUUUAUAUUUAUUACAACACCGGUGUCUAAUACAGUACUUUUUUUUAACAAAACGUGGUCACAGCAGUCAACACUUUCUAUGUGAGAACAAUAAAGCACCAACUCAGC